AUGACAGAAAAUAAGUAAGAUUUUUCAUAAUAACUAUUAAAUGAUCCAAUAUAUGAUGAUAAGUUUUGGGAAUUAAAACCAGAAAAAAAGAAUGAAACUCAAAAUGAAAUCUGGAAUUAAUAAGAAUAAAUUGUUCCAAAUCCUGAUUAGCCUUAAAUAAAUUAAGAAAAUCCAAAAGAAUAAUAAGGUUUUUGGGCUUUAUGCAUUUGUUAAUGUAUUGGGGAAUGUUUAGCGAGUUUUUGUCUAGAAAUUGCCAUUAGAGGAUUGUGUUGA